AUUUAAGCAAUAAGGAGCCUCACCUUAACUUUCUGCAUAUUUUGCACCUAUUUGCCCUGCACACUAGAGCGAAGUCACCGGAUUGGCUCUAGCCGCGACGUUUGACGCUCUGUUUACUAACUUGCUGUGCCUUACGAAUAAGCCCUUGUUGCUUAGUGCACCUGUAGUUUUAAUCCUUCCCCAACAUAAUCCGAACCGCCUUUCGAACAUAUAAACGUGUCAGUUCUUAUCGGUUAUAACAAUAAUAAUUAUAAUAAGCACAAGGUGAUAAAAGUCCAACUGGUGCGAAAUUUACCUGCUUCUUGGCGGUGGCUGUCUCUGGGGUGUAAGGCCAUCUCUGCACGACCAGCCCGGCUCGGCAUUCCCAACCCAACCCAUGAGCGGCCUCUGGGAUUACGACGACGAUGAAAACGACCUGGUUGACGACAAGGGCUGGGAAGCGGUUGCUGCGGCUCCCGUCAAGGAAGCAGUAGAGGAUGAAGAGGACGGCGCGCCACGCAAGAAGCGCAAAGGCGGUCGCAGCAAGACCGUUGCUGAUACGCAAGGCGCCACCACGGCUGCCGCACGUGGCUACCGUCCAAAACGGCGCAACGGCUCCGCUACACCCGAGCCCUCCACGCUGCAUCUUCCUCAGCUAAAGCCCCCACCGGUGCUCAUGGUCAUUGAUAGCGACGACGAGAACGACGAUCUGGUGGUGGUGACCUCACCGCCUGUAGGCAGCACCGCGGGCGGCGGUGGGGCAACUGGAGUUGCCAAAACCUCCGCCGCAGGCGCCAGCAAGCCAACUGGUGGAGGCAGCCGUACGAACGGCACUGGCACGGCUGGGGGCGGUACGGCAGGGAAUCCAAACCUAGAGGGGCAACCCUCGCUGAGCAAGGAACAUGAGCUGCUGCGAGCGCUGCAGCAGGUGACCCAGAUGCAGGACAGGCGACCACAGCAGCAGCCGCAGCAGAACAAUCCAGAGGAUAGCAAGCGCAAGCCCCAUUCAGCUCGGCCGCAGCAGCGGCAGCAGGACCCCGCUGACACCAUUCCGCUGUUGGACGACUCGGACGGCUCCAAUUCCGAACCUGACGCAGGGCCCUCAUGCAGUGUCCCGCGGCUGCCCACAGCAGCGCCAGCGCACCUGGGCUUUACAUCCAUGCUGGCGGGUAUUCCUCGUUUCGGGUCCAGCGGCGGGGCAGGGCCCUCAUCCGCUGCCGCAGGCGUAGGCAGUACUCAGACCUCGGGCACUUUGAAGGCGCAGGAGCCGCAGCCACAGCUGGUAUCGCAGGCUUCUGGCGCUGCUGCUGCUGACCCAGAUGGUGGCGCGGGCGGUGGAGAGGAUCGAGUGCUGCUGAAGCUGGUGUGGGGAACCGGCAAGGAUGGCUUCCUGAAGCUGCGUGUGGCGCGCUCGGACCCGAUCUCCAAGUUGGUUGAGAAGUUCCGGGAGAUUGCGCGGCAGCGGAACCUGUGUCGAGACCCCAGCAAGAUCAAGUUCCUCUUCGAUGGCGACGAUUUGGCCAAGACUCCCAACACCACCCCAGAGGAGCUGGACCUCGAGGAUGACAUGAUCAUCGAUAUCAAGGGGAUGUAGCAGCAGCAGUGAAAGCUGACCUUGUAGUGUCAAGGGUAGGAGCAUCAAUUGUAGCAGCGGCGACAGCUGUGGCAAUGACAAUACACGCAGGUCCAGCAGAGCAGCGGCAUUAGACUGGUAGUGUCGACAAGAGGGCAGUACUCGUGUAAACACGUAGCAGUGGUGACGGUGAGGCACGGGGUGGAGGUUAGUUACAGUAGCGGCAGUUGUAAGUCCUGUGGGAGUUUCUGGGCGUCAAGGGCGUCAACCGACGAAGCAAAAGGAGGAAUUACAUUUUCUCAACUGGCAGGAUCGGCGUGGGGAAAUCUGGUAUGGCCCUCUGGUGUCAGGACCGUUCGGGCCUUACAAAUGGGAAAGUGCAGCGUUUUGAAACGGAAUCAGGAGGCAGCUGGGCGAACGGGAUGAGAGUGCGUACACGAUAUUACAUCGUCGCAGUAGGCCAAUAAAGAUCUAUGCAUGUGUCGAC